GGCCCCCCGCGCGGCUGAGAGCUCGUUUGGCUGCGGAAGCCGCAGGACAGAAGUGGACAAAGCAAGAUGGCAGGGAUCUUAGCCUGGUUCUGGAACGAGAGGUUCUGGCUGCCGCACAAUGUCACCUGGGCGGACCUGAAGAACACGGAGGAAGCCACCUUCCCGCAGGCUGAGGACCUCUAUCUCGCUUUCCCCGUGGCUUUCUGCCUCUUCAUGGUGCGGAUCAUCUUCGAGAGAUUUAUAGCCAAACCAUGUGCCAUAGCCCUCAACAUUCAGGCCAAUGGACCGCAGAUUGCCCAGCCAAAUGCCAUCCUGGAAAAGGUCUUCACAGCAAUCACAAAGCAUCCUGAUGAAAAGAGACUGGAAGGCCUCUCCAAGCAACUGGACUGGGACGUUCGAAGCAUUCAGCGCUGGUUUCGACAAAGACGCAACCAGGAGAAGCCAAGCACGCUGACCAGGUUCUGUGAGAGCAUGUGGAGAUUUUCAUUUUUCGUUUACGUGUUUACCUAUGGAGUCCGGAUCCUGAAAAAGACCCCCUGGUUCUGGAAUACAAGGCACUGCUGGUACAACUACCCCUAUCAGCCACUCACAACUGACCUUCACUACUAUUACAUCCUGCAGUUGUCGUUUUAUUGGUCUUUAAUAUUUUCCCAGUUCACCGAUAUCAAAAGAAAGGACUUUGGCCUUAUGUUCCUGCACCACAUUGUGGCUGUUGUCUUGCUCUCCUUUUCAUAUGUCAACAAUAUGAUCCGAGUGGGGACUCUGAUCCUUUGUGUUUAUGAUUCAGCUGAUGCUCUGAUGGAGACUGCCAAAAUGGCAAAUUAUGCCAAGUUUCAGAAGGCUUGUGACUUCCUGUUCGUUAUAUUUGCUGUGGUUUUUAUCACCACACGACUGGCUAUUUUUCCUUUCUGGUUGCUAAAUACCACAUUAUUUGAAAGUUGGGAGAUCAUUGGACCUUUCCCUUCCUGGUGGGUUUUUAACCUACUGUUAUUGAUAAUACAAGGACUGAGCUGUAUCUGGUCUUACUGGAUUGUAAAAAUAGCUUGCAGAGCUAUUUCAAAAGGCAAGACUGGGAAGUGGAACCCUUUACAUGUGUCUAAGGAUGAUCGAAGUGAUAUCGAAUCUAGCUCAGACGAGGAGGACUCAGAACCUCCAGGGAAGAGCCCCCACACUGCAACAACCACCAAUGGGACCAGUGGUACCAACGGGUAUCUCCUGAGCAGCCCUUGUUCCAUGGAUGAUUAAUCACUCAAAACUACAAGUCCCGAACAAAGGGAACCGUUUGUUCCUGGAAGUAUUUAAUAUGUUGUAAACGCAGUUCCUUUCAUGAUAUCUCAGAACCAGAAACAAAAAUUAGGAUUAUCAAAGCAUUUUGAAUAGUGUGCACUGCCAUAUGUCCUAUCUGUGAAUGAAGAAGAAUUACCAUUCUCUCUAUGUAGGCAUGCUGUAUGUAAUUGACACAAGGGAACAGCAUUUGCAUUUGUUCUGUCUUAGAAUAUUAUUUAUUUUUCAUAUUUGUUUGUAAAUCUAUGGACAAAAAGGAUUUCCUCGCUCCUCUGACUCUCUAAGUUAAUGACAGUGAAGGAGAUGCUCCAUCUGCUUCUUCUCCUUUCUAUUGCUGUAGUCCAAUAUGCUGUGAGCAUCAGCUUAAUUUGUCACUUAGAACUAGCAAAACCCAGUGCAAGAUUCUCAUACAGCUCUGAGCAGAUUUGCUUUCUUUGUGCUACAGUGCCCAUUUUAAAAUUGCCUCUACAGUCUCAGUGAUCGGUCUCCCUGUGUAAAGUUUAAACAGGAUGUACUAAGUUUUUAAAUUGUCAUUCUUCAUGGUCAAUUAGCAGCUCCAAUUAAAGAGACUGGUUGUUGGAGGACUUUUAAAAAAAAUUCUUUUGUAUUAAAUUGCUUUGAAAUAGGCUUCAUGUCUUGUGUACACGGCCAUGAUUUCUUCAAAGAGUGAUUGCUGGUUGGGCUGUGACCUUGUAGGUUAGAGAGCCUCUUUUCUCUGUGAUGAGAUCAGUACUUUGACUCUGAAGGAAGACAUUUGCUUAAGCUCAUUGCUCUGAAGAAACCACUCUUAGUAUUGAAAAUUUGUCUCAUGUUCUGGGAAAAAAUAGAGAUCAAUUGAUUUCAGCCAGGUUUUGCCACUACCCUUUUAACUAGUGUAAUCGUCUGUCAUAUCAUGGAAAAAAAAGAAGCUAGAUCUAUUUUGGGACAGAAAAGAGUUGGCAAAGAUCAACUCCAGUACAAAGCACUUUAUUGCAACUAGCUUUCAAGAAAAAGCCCUUUUAGUAUUUGAUCCUGAUGUUUUUGUUUUGCUAAGCAAAGUAAAGCCAGUGGGAGAGAGACUGUUCUGCCCUUUGCUUUUCUCCUUAAACAUAAUCCAGAAUGACUUUCCUGUUACUAGAAACUGACCAGCAUUGCACUCUAAGUCCUUUUGUUUGCUUCUUCGAAGACUUUGUUCAGUUUCCAGGAAUUUUUUUCCAAAUGGAGCUAUUUCCAGAAAAAUAACAAAAAAAUCUUUUGACAAUGGCAGUAUCAGGAAAAUUACUAAGAAUUCCGUGAGUCUUCUAUAUGGCAGUGUUGUUUAUGUGCAGAUAAGAAACAUGUACACUUGAGCCAAAGAUUGUAUCUCUUUUCUUCUAACUUUUAGCAGAAGGAACUAAGAAGGGAUUAUAAAGACAUAUUUCAUAAAUUCUAAAUAAAUAAAUAAAUAAUCUAAAACAGGAGUCCAAAACAGAACUAUAGCAACACAAAUGUAAGAAUCAGGGCAUAGUGAGGACAAAAGUCAAAUACUAGAGUACAUGUCCUAUUCAGAACUACUCACAUUCUAUUUGUUUGUUUGUUUGUUUUUAAGUAAAAUAAAGCUUUGCUGUUAAUAGCAAGUUAAUAGCUAAAAGAAUAUUUUUUCCAAAAAAUUUUCCCUAUGAUAUCAACUCUUUAUGAAAUACCUGGUAUGGUUCUUGGUAAUAAUUGAAGAAUUGGAAAUAUGUCUGCUUGUUUACUGAGAAACAAUGCAACUAAUUCUGAGAGCCUUAUUGUUUUCUUUCACAAAAUAGCAUACGUCUAAGAGUGUAAUUUGUGGGUGGUUGAGUACAUAAGACCAACCAUAAGAUACCAAAAGUUCUGUUUAGUCCAUUCAAAUAGCCACUGAAAUGCAGGUAUAUAAAAAGUAAUUUCGAGCAUAUUGUAACUGAAAAUUUUAAGAAGGAAAAAGUUUCUGCUCUUACCAACUAAAAUUUGGAACACACUUACCUUGUUUUUAGUGCUUUCUGUGGUUGAAAUGAUCUAGGAAACUACGAGUUCACAUUUGGAUCAUGUGACACUCUUUAGUGUAGAAGAAUAAUUUCAUGAUCACCUUGUAAAGUAACCACUGGGAGGGGUUGCAUAAAAGGAAGUAAAUUGAACCUGUCCUUAAUCAAGGCAAAUCUAAACAAUCUUCUGAUUUUCCUGAAGUCAUUUGGAAGGGGAGCUGGAAAUAUUCAGAGCCUCUCUGACUGAUGGUGUUAACACAGUCCUCUACAUAUCUAUAGAUUUUUAUUUCAUUUUACAUUUUAGGGUAAAGAGUUCUUUUUGGCUAAUCACAAUGAAAUUUUUAGGCUUCUUAGAGUUUACAAUAAUAUAUCUAUUUACUGUUCUCCCACGGUUACUUGAUAAGGCUCUGAGAAAAAUAUGUGAAGUAUCUUAUCUUCCACCUGUGCCAGACCAUAGCUUUGGGAGUAUAUUUUGUGAGUUUAGUUAUAGGUUAGUAAGAGUAUUGGUUGACACUCAUUAACUUAGCCUGUGUUGGUAUCUCCUUCAUCUUAGUCACAUCAAACCUCCCAGGGUAUGAGGGGUAUGUAGAAAAGACUCUAGGAAGAGUAAUAUUUUAUUCUCUAAUGUUAUAGCUUUUCUAGGUCUCUUAGUGGAGGAAAAAAUAGAAAAUCAAGUAGAAUUUGGCCUCAGGUCAAUAGGUAACAAUGUAUGAUUGGUGUAUGUAUAUGUGUAUUUCUCCAAAAAUGUGAUUAAAACCAAAACAUCACUGACUCAUCCAUGUUCUUCUCAUAAAAAUCAUCUAUCAUGUACACUAGAAACUUCCCUCCUUGGAUUGCAGUGUGGCCAUCCCCCCUGGGGGUGGUAUCUCACUUUUUGUCUGUCUUUCUCUUUCUCUAGUGAGCGCACACACCCUAUAGCAAAAACUUCUCCAAAAGAAAAAGAAAAAAGAAAGAAAACUUCCCUCCCCCUUUGUCAGCCCGUGCAACUGAGAGUGGUGGGAUCCUUUUAGCCUCUUGGCCACUAGUUAAAUAUGGUGGAGUCCAGAUCAUAAAGACCUAAGGUCAGCAUAUAAGCCAAAUACAGUUCACAUGUCCAAAUUUAUUCCUGUGAAUAUUGAGAGUAAGGGACAUAUCUGUAUUUUGGAUUACUCAAGCGUGUUAUAAGAAUGCAAAUGGUUGCUGUUUCACCCCACAUCCUACACCAGCUGAUCUGCCAAACAGAUGGUGUCCUGACGUACCAUCAGUAAUGUCACGGGCAUCUGAUAAAGAUAGAGAAGGCACAAAACAUAGGCAAUAGGCAAGAAAUGAGUGAUCAGAUUAACUACAGUCAACAUAGUGGAUGAAACUCAAAAUACCCAGUUCUAUUGCCAAACUAUUCAUGAUGAGGAUUUAAUAGAGUCUGAAUUUGAGCAAACUGAAUGCCUUCAUCUUGGUUAGAAAGGUUCUGAAUCUCCCACUUAAGCUUCAAACCUCACUGUGUAGGCUAAGUAAAAAAGUGAGAUUUCAUUUCAGCUUACCAAAGUCUUUGAUAAAGAGCUUUUUAGAGAUAAGUUUAUGGACACCUGUUAUUGUCUCCAAUCUGUUCAUUAUUUUGUAUCAAUACUUAUGUCUGUCUCUUUCUUGGAAAUGUUGAUACCAAAGUUGCCUGAAUAUUUGUGUAUUUUUUUUCUUAAUUUGAAACAUAAGACCUAUACAGAAUAAUUCCAAAGGUGUUAAAGGAUUCUGUUUAUCAGUGUGUGAGAUGAUGUGUUUAUAUCCAGAGAGACUUUGAGAAAUCCUUUGGAAGUUAAAGGCUAAAUGUUUACAUUCCAUGUGGUAUUUGAAGUCUUAAUAUGAGUCUAAUAUAUUCAUUAGCUUCUUCCCACAUGCCCCCCCCCCUUGUCUUUAGGUAAUUUCUACUUUGUAGAUAAAUAGCCUUGAAAUGUUCCUUGCAUCAAAAUAAUAAAAAAUGAAAUCAGAUCAAAGUUAGUCUGGGGAAAGUGAUCACGGAUUCACCUUUGAAGUAAUGUAUAUGGAAAGAGAAAAUGCCAUGAGGUCUGGUUAUGGUACUUGUCAUCUAGCACACUGACCACUGAAGAAAUAAUCAUUAACAGUUCAAAAUCAAAACUAGUUAAAGAAAAUACAUCCAGGUAAUUUUUAAGUGAAGAUAUGGUUGUUUCCCUGAGAUGGUUUAGCUUUUUCUGGGCCAAAUGAACUUGUACCCUUGUUGAAUUACCACACAGUAAUUAGGACUGGCUGACCAGCUGCAGUUUAGUUCUUGACAGUAAUAUGCUAGAAAAGGGCUCUGUGGUUUGCCCUCAUAUGCACAGUCCCCUCCCCUGCCAUAGAGGCAUGCUGUCAAUGCUAGGGAGACCAUCCACUUUGCUGUUGGAUCCCCUCUAAUAAAUACUCAGAGGUAGCAUACUUGCUGCUGGUUUUCAUGGAGAAAAUUGUAUUAGAGAACAUAAAACAUCAUAAGUAUUAGUAAUAAUAUUUGCAGACACCUAAAGGAAAGCGUGAGUCUUUUCCAGUUAUUUCUAACUUGAAUUCAACUGGAAGCCUUUGAAAAGAAUGCAUUACCAAAGAGCGACAAGCUAAGACCCCACCAGGUCAAAAAAAUAAAUUUUCUGCAGUCAGAUUGCACGUGGCAUCUCCGCAAAAUGAGGCCUUCCCGAGACUGCCCAGGAAGUGAUGGGAGGGAACUAUCCACCUAAAAAAAUGGCCUGUUUAUCUUACUCAUUUACAUUCCUUUCGGCCUCCUAGAACUCCUGAUAAUAGGAAGCUAAGAUGUUUCUCAUUUUUGGACUAUCCAUUUCCCAUUAGCCUUUGGAUCAGUUGUGGACCCACACUUCUUUCUUUGCCUAGUUUUGCUCCCCCCUGCCAUGUAUGUGCAUGUUUUUCUUAACACAGGUCCUGAAAGCUUGGCUUCCUGUAUGGUAUAUGUUAUAUGGUCUGGAAACCAGAGGAAAACAGCUGUUGCUAUGGUUUCUGUGUUCAGUGGAAAAUCAGAUAUCAUUGAGAAAAAAUUCUUUUUUUAUCUAUAGUAAUUUUUAAAAAUGACAUUGCAAAGCUAUACCUUAAAAAUUAAGGAUUUUUAAAGUCUAGCCACGAAUAAGAAAUUAACUCUGUAAGAGGAACAGAUACCUAAAGAUUCUGGCAACUUUAACAUAGGGCUUCAUUAAUGUGAACAUGCAACACAUCCUCCAAGUUCGACUUCCCAAAGUUUCAUAAAGCUCCUGAGCUCAUGAUUUUCAUCAACUCUUUGUCCACAUUGUCAUUUAUCUCCACGGUCAUUUGUCAUCCUGGAAGGGGGUGGUGGUUAGUAUUUGGACUUGAUUUAUUUUUUUCAACUUGCAGUGAGAAAUAGGAUAGGUGACAAAACCUUUAAGACAAUUCAGUGCUUAAGCAUCUCUGUCAGAAAUGGAAUGAUAUAGAAUUAUUAGAAUUAUUUUACAUAUUGUUAUUGUGUUUUGCUGAUUUUAUAUGACAAUACAAUUGUUCAUUCUUGAUCUCUGGAAGCAAUCAUAAUUAUGAGGGUCAUUUUGCUUUGGAAACACUUUCAUAAUAAAGCUAAGUAUUAAGA